UCAGUAAGACACUUUAAUAGAAGUUAUUUUACGAACCAUCCAUUUUCUGAGCCGCUUAUCCUGACAAUCGGUUGAAAUGCGGAAUACACCCUGAACUGGCCACCAGCCGAUUACAAGGCAUAUAGUAAUUUUUCAUAGAGGAUAAAAAAAUAUGUGCCUGUUCACAGUAGGAUGGUCUCUGCUGAGGCAGGGGGCCACAGCUACCUAGUGGCAUGUUGGCAGCCCAUCCUAGUCCUGAUGCUGGGCACCGUCCUCUCUGGCUCAACCACUGGAUGCCCCUCCCGAUGUGACUGCAAUGCCCAAGAGCGCUCGGUCGUGUGCCAUCGAAGACGAUUGGCUACUUUUCCUGAGGGCAUUCCCACUGAAACAAAGCUCCUGGAUCUGAGCAAGAAUCGUGUAAAACUUCUUGGGCCAGAGGAAUUUAUCAACUACCCACAGCUGGAAGAGCUGCAGCUAAAUGAAAACAUCAUUUCCUCUAUUGAGUCAGGGGCUUUUAGCAACCUCAUGAAUCUACGGAAUCUCGGGUUGCGCAACAACCAGUUGAAGCUCAUUCAGCUUGGGGUGUUCACAGGCCUUAAUAACCUUACGCAUCUGGAUAUUAGUGAGAAUAAAAUUGUCAUUCUGCUGGACUACAUGUUCCAGGAGCUCUACAACUUGAGGGUACUGGAAGUCGGUGACAAUGACCUCGUUUUCAUUUCACCACGAUCGUUUCAUGGCCUCAGCAAUCUUGAAACCCUCAACAUUGAGGGUUACAAGCUGUCUUCAGUGCCUACUGAUGCCCUGAGCCAUCUGCACAACCUCCUGUCACUGCGAUUACGGUAUCUAAACAUCACUGCCAUUAGGGAUUACUCAUUUAAGCGUCUGUAUAGGCUCCGAGCUCUAGAAAUAUCACAGAUGCCUUCCCUGGAUACCAUGACCCCAAAAUGCUUGUUCGGAAUGAAUUUAACAUCUUUAGCAAUAACUAAUUGUAAUUUUACUGCCAUCCCUUACAAGGCUAUCAGUCAUCUAAGUUAUUUACGAUUUCUAAACAUGUCUUUUAAUCCCAUUCUUACUGUUGAAGGGAACCAACUUCACAAUCUACAGAAGCUCCAGGUUUUUCAUUUGGCUGGUGGAAGAUUAAUUACCAUUGAGCCUUACUCUUUUCGUGGACUAAAUCAUAUGCACAUUCUUAACGUUUCUAGUAAUAGAUUGAGCACCUUGGAGGAGUCUGUCUUCCACUCAGUGGGUAAUUUGGAAACUCUGGCUUUGCAUGACAACCCUUUGGCCUGCGACUGUCGCUUGCUCUGGGUUUUUCGGCGACGGUGGAGAUUGAACUUUAAUAGACAGCAGCCCAUCUGUGCAUCACCUGAUGUUGUGCAGGGAAAGGAGUUCAAGGACUUCCCAGAUAUCCUUCCUUCUGAUUAUUUCAUCUGCCAUAAAUCUAAGAUUGUGGAUAACAAGGUUCAAGAGAGCCAUGUGGAUGAAGGAACUACAGUCAGUUUUACUUGCCAAGCUGAGGGUGAGCCAGCCCCUGUAAUCAUGUGGCUUUCUCCUAAGAAAGACUACAUCACCACCAAAACUGUGGGGACAAGGCUUUCUGUGUCCGAUGAUGGCGAACUAGAGGUUCGUUAUGCCCAAAUCCAAGACAAUGGGACCUACUUGUGCAUUGCAAGCAAUGCAGCAGGCAAUGACACAAAAGUUGCUCAUCUCUUUGUGCACAGCUACUCCCCUAAUUGGCCCCAUCAACCCAACAAGACAUUUGCCUUCAUUUCCAACCAACCCAGCGAUGAAGGAGCCAAUGUGACCCGGACCACAAUUCCAUUUCCGUUCGAUGUAAAGACCCUAAUGAUUGCUACCACAAUGGGGUUCAUCUCAUUCCUUGGUGUAGUACUCUUUUGUCUUGUAAUUCUUUUCCUCUGGAGCAGAGGGAAAAACAACACAAAACCAAGUAUAGAGGUUGAGUAUGUGCCACGCAAAGAAGAAACAGAAGAGGCUAGUCCAGCAGAGACACCCAUACAGUUCAACAUGAAAAUCAUGUGAACCCUAAAAAGUGAUCAAACACUGGAGAGUUACUGGAUGAACUCCAGUUGGGAUGCACAUUCUUUGCUUCAAAUGUUUAACAGUACUUGUGUGAUAGCAAUUACACAGCUGCAAACCCAUCUUGACUCUAUGUACUUACUGUUAUUUUUUACAAAAAGAACUUGUUGCAUAACUGUAAACACUGUACUGGCAAUACUCUAGUGUGUUAACAUGCACACAUAUACUGUAUUGGAUACGUGCCUGUAACCAAAUUAAGGUAAUAGUCAAUGAGAAGCACAAGUGUUACAAGUUCCCAUAAGCAUUAAAUAAAUACAUCAAUAAUGCUACUAGAGUAUCUUCUUAUCAGCACAGAAUAAGCAAGCAUAAAUUCUCUUUCAGAUAUACAAUGCCUAUUAAACACUGUUCCUGUUAGCCUUAAUGUGCCUAUUGUCCCAACACAAAAUGAAUAAUAUAAAGGGCAUUACUAUUUUGUUGUUUAAUAAAGCAAGUACUAUAUUGAAUGUAUGAAUUCCUAAUUUGAGAAUAAGGCCAUGUCAAAUCCAAGAUUGGCCGGUCAGCUAAUGACAUUUACAUAUGUGAAGUGAAGCAAGUCACAGACAGUGUAGCGGUACAAGUACUGUACGUUGGCCCGGCUUCAGUGGAGGAAUUUUUGGUUCAGUUUCAACUAAGUGACAGCAUGAUACUGACUGAGAAUGUUUAUCUGUCUGUCUGGUGUGCACUAUGACUGACCGGUGACCGGUCCAGAGUGUAGUCUGCCUACUCAAAGUCAGGCGGGAAAGACUCCAGCUUCCUGCAUCUCUAAAUGGGAUAAGUGAUAUGGAUUUGAAAAUGGAUGGAUACAUUGCUAUUUGAAGAGAUCAAAACACUAACUUAAUGAUUUUAUUGACAGCGGCAUAUUCUGAUGAGCCCGUCUAACAGCCAUUUGUAUUUGUUUAUUUGUGCAAUGUCUUAAUUUUUCCACAUAUGACUGAAGAUGUAUAUGUAAACAAGCUAAAUGUUUGUAAAAGACUGUUUAUUCAACAUUGAAAUUUGUGUUCCAUUUAUUCAGCUUUAAUGGUCAAGCAUGAUAAAUAAAAUUUUCCUUAAUCUGGUUACACUGCAUGAUAAUAAAUAGUGUGCAUGUUAACACACCAAGAACAGUAUGAGUACAGUAUGUAAUAUUUUCCUGCAGCAAAGAAAAUAUCUCAGAUGUUUUGACAUGUUGUGACAAAUGCUUUGUUGUUGUUGGUUUGUUUUCGUUUUACAUAUUUCUUUCCAAUGGUUUUCGUGGAUGUGGGAUUUCAGCAUAUUGUAUAACUUCAACAGCAAAUUUACAUAUUAAAAACUAUAUUUGGUGUACCUUGUUCAAGAGAGAAAGCAGGGAUAUUGUUUAAGUUCCCAACACUUGUUCAAAAAUCACCAAAUGAGUAGUAUACAAGAUAACUGAUUUGAAAUAAAAUAUAAUCUAGUGCUAAAGGUAUAGGGGCAAUAGUAGCUGUUUUUUUUGAGUGAGAAAAUCUUAAAUUGUUGCUAUUAUUUCCAUAAAUGUAAAAACAGUGGGAACACUAACAUUCUCGUCCACAACAAAACAUAAAGAAAAUGCACACAAUUUGCUAUUUAUUUGCAGCACACGGGCUUCAAAUUUAUUCAACAGUACAUAUUGCUGCUGUUGGGCGGAAUUCUCACAUCGCUAAAACCAAGAUUUUUCAGGAAACCCAAAAAACCGCAUGUUUGUUGAGCAAUUAACAGUGUAUCUUCAAAGCGAGCAAGCCAUUUUCAGCGGGUUAAGGAUGGUCAAUAGUUUGUCAAACUAACAGAAUAAUGAUUCGUGAAAUCAUAUGAAAUUGACAAAAUGUGAUCAGAGGGGUUUUCUGUCCGACAGUUAGAAUUUAUGACAAUGUUAAUAAUUUUUUUUUCUGUUUAGUUUGCAGCGAAGUUUUUCACAUUUUUUUCUCCUGUAUAUUUAGAUAACUGCUAUCAAUUUUUGACAGGUUUUAUAAUUAGUUGUCAAGUGAGCUUGGUUUAAGAAAAAAUACUGAAGGAGAUUAUUACACAAUAUUAAAUAAUGAACAUUCUGCUGGUCAAAAGUGUAGAAUGGCCCAUUGCCUUGCAGAAGGAAUGGAAACAAUACAUGUAAAAAAAAAAACAAAAUCCUUGUAAUCUAAUGUUAAAUAAUUUGUGUGUGGUUCUGAGGGCAAACAUAUUUGUUGCGAUAAAGGCGUAGGAUGGAAAGUUUCUGUCAGGAAAAAGGAUUUUAUUAUAAGAGCUAAAAAUCCAUUGUGGAGCAGCAACCAGGCAUUUCAAGCUGUUAGUGUCAUUUGGUGGCCCAAGAACCUCUCCUCCUCCAAAGUCUUGCAGUCUUGCAUAAAGCUGUAUUUCGUCCAUCUUGAACCAA